AGCUUGGGCUAUAUUCGCUGCACAAACCCGCUCAAGCCAAAGAAGUUUCUAUCAUCGCCACCCGUUUGUUUGCGGUCUUCCCAAUAGGACCAGCUAUCUCUUGGUACCCACACAUCCCAUUGGUGUGAAGCGUCUUUGAAAGUAUUGAUAAAGUCCCUCCUGCUCAAUUUCGAGCCUCCUCUACCUUACACUUCCCAUCCGCCAAAGCUGCGAGAUAUCCCCCUCUACGAUGGAGGCAUCACCCGUGAUUGCUGAAGAGACAAAGGAGGGGCCUCCCUCUCGAGAGACACAAGCUUCCCAGACAUCAUCUUCCUCCUCCUCCAUCACUUCCGAGAAGGCGGACGUCGAAAACAACAAUGGCAGCUCCGGUUCCACCGAGUUCACCAUCUCCACCCGAUUCAUUCUGGCCUUUGUUGCUCUGGCGGUGUUGACACUAAUGGUGGCUCUUGAUGGCACUUCGAUCAGUGUCGCCCUUCCGACCAUCGCUAAAAAACUGCACGGCACAGCCAUCGAAGCCUUCUGGGCUGGCACCUCCUUCCUACUCGCCUCGACCGUGUUCCAACCCAAUUUUGCCUCCUUCAGCCAUAUCUUUGGAAGAAUGCCUGUGAUCAUGGUCUCUAUUGCAUUGUUCUUCGUGGGAGUUAUGAUGGCAGCCUUGUCGAAUGAUUUUGGUCUGUUACUUGCAGGAAGGGCGGUCCAAGGAAUCGGUGGAGGUGGUGUCAUUGCCAUGACCGAAAUCGUCGUCACCGACCUUGUCCCCCUCCGCUACAGAGGCCAAUGGGCAGGAAUCAUCGCCGGGAUGUGGUCCAUUGGUUCGGUCUCUGGUCCCAUCAUCGGCGGCGCGUUUGCCCAAGUGCAAUGGCGCUGGAUCUUCUGGCUCAACCUCCCCUUUAUUGGCAUUGGCGCUGUCAUGAUUCCAUUGUUCCUCCGCCUCAACGUCAUUCCACAGAGCAUUGCCGCAAAACUGCGCCGCGUGGAUUGGCUCGGCACAGUCAUCUUCGUGGGCAGCAUGACGAGUUUCCUCAUCCCAUUGACAUGGGGUGGCGUCAUGUACAGCUGGUCGUCGUGGCGGACGCUGGUUCCACUGCUGGUCGGCGCCGCGGGUCUGAUCGGCUUCUGCUUCUACGAGGCGUACCUCGCGCCGGAGCCCUUGCUGAGACUGUCGGUAUUCAGCAACCGCACCGCCAACAUUGCAUACGUGACGACGACCCUCCACGGCAUGGUCCUCUGGUGUAUUCUGUACUACCAGCCCUUGUACUUUGAGGCUGUCAAGGGCUACACACCUGUUGUGUCUGGCGUCGCACUCUUCCCUGAAACCUUCACCGUUGCGCCCAUGGCGGUGGUGACAGGGCUGCUGAUCACAAAGUUCGCGGCGUACCGCUGGGCCAUCUGGGUCGGCUGGGGCAUCGGCACGCUGGGGCUGGGGCUGCUGACGCUGCUGGACGUCAACACGACGAUCCCGCAGUGGAUCUUCAUCAACCUGGUCUCGGGGAUCGGGCUGGGCAUCUUGUUCCCGGGCCUGCAGUUCCAGGUGCAGGCGGCCAGCACGAACAAGGACAUGGCGUUCGCGGUGGCCAUGUUCGUCUUCUUCCGCUCGUUCGGGCAGGCCCUGGGCGUGGCCAUCGGCGGCGUCAUCUUCCAGAACCAGAUGGUGACCAACCUGCAGAAGUACCCGGCCUACGCCCCCCGCGCGUCGGAGCUGGCCAAAGACGCCGCCGCCCUCGUCGAGAUCAUCAAGACCACCCCCGCCGGCGCCGGCAAGCUGGCCCUCCGCACCGCCUACACCGACUCCCUGCGCACCGUUUACAUCGUCCUCACCGCGCUGGCGGGCUUCUCGCUCGUCGCCAGCCUGUUCGUCAAGGCCUACGAUCUGAACGUCGGCCUCGAGACCGAGCAGGGCCUGAUCGUUUCGGUCAAGAAGCCCGCCGCGGCCGGCGAGCGGGGCCGGGACGAGGAAGAGGCUGCCGUGGACGGAGAGCAGGAGGUCAAGGUUGACGGCGAAGGGGCGAGGUCAAGAGGUCAAGUCUAA